AUGGCGGCCGGCAAUCUCUCACCAGACGAUCUCACAAUCGACAACCUCACACCGCACGUCAUCAAACUCAGCUCAAACAUCGAAAACGAACGGCUCAAGUUCGUCUUCGCCAAACUGAUACAGUACUCACAUGACUUUGUGCGUGACACGAAACUGACCACGGCGGAAUGGGAGGCAGCAUGGCAAUAUCUCACCGAGGUCGGCCAGUUCUGCACGCCCGAUCGACAGGAGAUGAUUCUCCUCUCUGACGUUCUCGGCAUAUCUGCGCUCGUCGACGCGAUCAACAACCCCACCGCUCCUCGGGCCACGGAAUCAUCCGUGCUGGGACCAUUUCACAACGACGCCCACGAGUUCGAAAUCGGCCAGUCAAUCGCAUCAAAAGGUGCGAUCGGAGAGCCCAUGCUCAUCCGCGGGACCGUCUCCGAUACCAAUGGGACGCCGAUCGCCGGCACCUCGGUCGACGUGUGGGAAACCAACGGCAACGGCUUCUACGACAUGCAAGAUCCCGAGAAGGACGAGCCGGACUGUCGCGGCAUCUUCCAUACAGAUGAACAGGGCAGAUUCGCGCUUGUGGGAGUCCGUGCUGUGGACUACCCUAUUCCGUAUGAUGGUCCCGUCGGCGUCCUGCUGCGCCUGCUCAAUAGGUCGAACAUCCGGCCAGCUCACGUGCAUUUCGUGCUUCAACAUCCUGAGUGCGGCCGGCUGACCACGGCACUAUACUCUCACGACAGCAAGAAUGUGGCGCUGGACCCGGUCUUUGGCGUCAAGAAGAGUCUUAUCAAGCAGUUUGCAUGGUCGGAGGAUACGGCACUGGCAAAGAAAUUCGGUAUUGACAUGCUCGAAAGGGUGGGCUCAUCUGGGAAGAAAACGGUCGGGUUCUGGAUCUUGGAACACGAUUUCGUGCUCAUGAGGAAGUGA